CUUAUAGCACAAUAUUACAUCUAUCAUUCUAUUUAUACUAUUACUAGAUCUAGUAGUAGAGUUAAAUAGAGGAAUAGUAGGCCUAUUUAUAGUAAUAGAUCUAGAUUUUACAGGAUAUGAGUCUUACUUUUGAUUGAAUUGUGUAAAAAAUGAAUAGAAGGCAGAUGUCAUCACUAGAAACAGUUGUUUUUGUUUUUGUCAGUUUUCUAUCAGGAUCCUAUUGCAAGUGUCCAGACUAUGUGUUUGUCCAAGAAGAAAACUAUGAAAGAAAUUUUUCUGCCAUUACAACUGUGGGUGCUCGUCCACUGGGCUUUAUGAAAGGUACCUGGUACUACAACCAAGACCAGCCUAAUCCUUGUACUACAGUCAGUGGGGCUGACAAAAGAAAACUUGAAAUUAUGGCUGAGGCCAUUCCCGCGGCACGCUUAUGUGUAUCACUAAAUGGUGUUCAGAAGACGUGUUCUGACCCAGGCACUGGUCGCCUAUAUCAAUGUGUCCCUGGAACUGGAAAUGACAAUGUUGAAUUUACAGGCACAACUGGAGCCGAAGCAGAUAUUCAGUUCUGGUAUAGAUUAACUUUAGGAUCAGAAAGCGACAAUGAAGAUACUUGGUGCUCCGGUAGAGACACUGAGCAGUUCCCAACUAGUCUCAAAAGUUUGCCUGCCAACUAUCCCCUCAACACAGGAACAGACGUCUCCCACAAUGCAUCAGCACCUAAAGGUUUAAGCCUUAUUCUUUCAGUCUUAUUUCUGGCUACAAUAUGCAACUUAACAGUUCUCUGAGGCCAACUCUGUAUACAUAUUGUUACAAAUAACAGUUGUUAAUCAAUUUCUUUUUGUAAUAUUUAUUUUAGCAUUUAGCAAUUUAUGUUUCACAACAUGGUUUUAUCUAUGUAUCUAUUUUUCUGAAGUUGAAGCUCUUUUACAAUUUCUUGUUAUACAAAUGGUGUCACUGGAGUAUUGUCAAUAGUUUUUUUUCAAACAUUCACAUUAUUGAUCUCUGUAUAUUACAAAACCACCUUAAUAUUAAUGCUUUUUUUCUCCCGUUGAUUUUUGUAUAAAAUAUACAUUGUAAACAUACAUUUUUUAAAAAUGUUUUUAGUAAAGAUAUUAGAAACUAAAACUUUUGUUGAAAUGUUUUGUUGUUUUUUUUAGCUCAUUAGCAAUUUAUAUUUCAGUGACUGUUUAUUUUUAACUCCUUACAUAUCAAGUUAUGAAGUCAAAGUUGUUAACCAAACUGGGUUCCUCUAGGGACUCCAUUGUUGUUGUUGUUGUUGUUUUUUUUAAUUUUAUAAGUGCUAUUUGCAGUAGAUUACUCAAAAUGUUUUUUUGUGGUUUUGAGACUAAAUUUCAGUAUGAAAAUUAAAAGAAAAUCAUUUAUUACAGUUAGAUCAGGAUAAUAAAAAAAACACCUUUGAUGUUGCAAGCGGCCCCUCCAUCGGUAUGUUAAGGGAAAACUUUUAAUUUACUAAACAUUUGUUACUACUGUCACUCUCCUCUGACAGUUAAAUAAAUCCAGAAGUUACUAUAAAAAAAUAUAGCACAGUUCAGAUCAUGUGAAAAGAAUUACAACAAUCAAGAUUUUAUAACAUGACAUGCAAGUGCCUUAAAAAAAUGUAAAAACAACUCUUUACUUCUCUAAUUGUAUAUAUUAUUUAACUUAAGAUAAUUAGGGACACAUACAGAAAUGAAGAGAACAUUGACUAUUACAGUUAGAACAGGAUGAAGAAAACCUCCCCUUGAUAUGUUAAGGGUUACAAGAUGAUCUUGUCUUGGACUAAGAGAAUAGGGAGGUAAUUUACUCACCAUUGUGAGUCAUUUGAAAUUCUCUUGUGAUUGAUUUAAUUUUAUCUAUCUUUACAAUCUCUGUAACACAGUAUAUCUGGGUUUUUCUUUGCAUCGUUUUUUUGUGUUCUGUACAAACCAAUUAUUUAUGAAGCUUUAAUAUUUUCAUGAACUUAAAUAUUAUUUUUUCUUUUGUUACAAACAUGUACAUACAAAUGCAAAUGUAAAUAUAUCUUUCUAUUUCAAAGUGAUCCUUAUUAAGCAAAAAUCAGAAAACAUUUAUGGCUAUGUGAGUUUGCUACUUUACCUGUUAUCUGUUUUGGAUACAUGUGAUGUCAUUCCAGAUGCCUUGCUCCUUUCAAAGGGAAACACUUUUUGAUGACAUAACAUUCCUACGUAUUGCAAACGUAACAGGUUUUUUUAAAAUGCUGAUUACCUUCAGUCCUAUACCUACAUUGUAUUCUUUUCCUAAGGUAUGCCUGGGUAAUUUUAAACAAGACGUCACCAUUUUAGUUAUUUGCUCAAUGUCAAUUUAAUUUUCAGACUUUUCUUGGUUUUAAAGUUUGACAUCUGUAUUUAAUUCCAGUACUUGACAAUAUCUUGUUUUUCUUUUUUUGUAAAAUAAUGUUGCGAUUUAUUUUAUUUUUUUUGGUAAAUAUUUUUAAAGUUUUAAAGUGCCAUUUUUUAUUAUUGUUAAUGAUGCUCAUUAUAUAGUAAACACUUAUACAUAUUGUUAUAAUUUUUUAAACACUUAUAUUGUUAUAAUUUUUUAUUAUGCAUGAUGACUGAGUCAUUAAGUGUUAGGGUGCCAAGAUUGCAGUUACAUUGGUGAUACAGACUAAUACUGUUCUCCCUAAAUGCCAGUUCACACUAUGUAUAGGAUGGGACUCAACCCAGUAAUGGCCACAUAAAUUGAGGAACAUUCAGACAGGAUCAGGGAUGAAGAGCUCCUUGUUCAUAAAUGUCCGCUGAGAGAAAUUCUUCUCAGUGGUCAAAGCGAUAAUGGAGACCCAUUUUUGGACUUAUUCUAAGUUCUGUUCUCCAUGCUAGAAGUAGUUUCUAUCCAGCUUUGAAAAAUAAUAUGAAUGAGAUUUCGUUUCACAUUGCCUAAAAGAACUUUUUUAAAUUAAAAGAAAUGUAUGAAAACAAUUUCCUUAAAAAAGUGUUUAUUGUUAGAAUCUCAAUUUGAUUUUUUUAAAAUUCUGAACACAUAGAAAAAUCUCCUGUAGUGUUUCAUGAAAUGUGUGUGACUUGCAGACAAUUUGAGUUGAUAGUUAGACAUAGUGGUUUCAUUUUCCAACCAAGAAAAAAAAUGUCAAUUAUAUUCAUGAGAUUAAUCCCCUUGUUUUCAGACAAAUUGUGAUAAAAGACAUCUGAUAUUUAAUGAGUACUGAUACUAGCCAAUGUAACUUAUAUUUGAACUUUACAUGUCUAUGGGUAUUUUCUCUCUCUACCUGUUAUCCCGUCUAGGGCAUUGUCCACCAACCAGCUUCCUUCAGGCAUCUUGGUUCUGGGCAUUCUCUAACUGUCCACACAUCUUGCCCAUCUGCUUCCAAAUUGCCUUGAAUUCCUAGUUUGUCCCCUUUUGCUCUUUCUUUGGGGGUUUCACAAAAUGGCAUUGCCUUAUUUUAGUGCAGUUGAUGAUAAGAUCAUCUUUUUCUUUGUCCAAAGUUAACGAGCAUGGUGUCGUGUGACUAGUACGACUAACUUCCUUUACUUUCCCUUACUAAAGUUAGGUACCCAUUGCAGUUGGGUUGGGAGCCCUAAAAAUCCCAAAAUUCAAAAUCCCAGCCUUCACUGAGAUUCAAACCCAGGACCCCAGGUAAGGAACCACUUAACCUCUCAGCCAAUGCACCCCCAUAAUGUUGGGUAUCAAGUAAAAGAAAAAUUGCUCUGAUAAAAUAAUAAGUACUUUAAUGUUAUUUUAAGUUUCAGUUUUUUAAUUGUAAAUUGUAAAAUCAAAUGUCUAAUGACUAUUUUAUUUUUUAUACUAAAAACUUUUUGUCUCAACAGUUAUGAUAUAUGUUGCCAGAAAAAUGUGAAAGGAUUCUUGAUUUCCUACUUUAAUGCUAGUCAUUUUAUAGAAUGACUGGAACUGCUCAAGGGGUUGUUAAAAUUGACUAAAUUAAAAAGAUAUUUACAGAUAAAUUAUUCACCAACUAAUAAGUAUAAAAUAAAAAACAUAUGAAAUAUAUUUUUAUGUCUUUAUCAAUAGAAGCAAUAAAUAGUAUUGUUAAAAAAAUAAACGUUACAAAAAAAGACAUUUUGAUUAGUUUGCACUAGUUCCAAUUAGAUUACAAAUAAAAAUUAAAAGAUUCACAAGUAUUUCACACAUCAUUAGUCAGUCAUUGAUAAAACUGUCUACAUAUUAAAGUGGUACUAAAGAAGGCUUCUUAAUACUCAGAGUUGUAGGCUAUAAAUCUAAAUCGAUUUGUUUGUUUUUCCUAAACUCAAAUUCUAAAAUUUAAAAAAAAAAUUAA